AUGACGUUGCGGUCUCUAAGGUUUUUGAGUUUGUUGAGUGUCGUGAUGGCGGGACCGGCCACCGAGAGCUUUAAGGAUCAGUUCUGCACGGACCCCCGGACUAUGAAGAAGCAUGCGGCUUACACGGAGUGGGCGGACGCUUACUCGUGCUCGAGACACCGCUGCCAGCCUGGCGGCCGCAAUCUGGCCAUCUACUCUGUAGGCUGCAAGCGCGUGGAGGCCCCCGAGUCAGCGAUAGAGUGCGAGGAGGUCGUGGAGGACACCAACAUGCAGUUCCCGUACUGUUGCACACGGCUGAGAUGUCUGGUGGUGGUGCGAGGCGAGGUUUGGACCAGAGUGCUUGGUCAGCCGUGGGAGACACUACCGGCGGCGCCCUGGAGCCACAUGUACAAAAUGAAGAAGCCGCCUCCUACUGACGAGCACUUUUCACCGAAAAACGUCGCAGCGGGCCCCGUGUACGAGAUGCAGUCGGAGGCGGAGGACAAGCCGCGCGAGAAGACGCUGAGGACGUCGAAGAGAGCGACGAGCGCGCCCGACUGCGAGCCCGUGUCACGAGCCGCGCCCGCGCCUGACAUCGUGAUAGCGUUGUCUACGGGAAACGAUGAGAAAGAUUCACUGAAUCCACAAAAAAAUGAAAAUACAAGACACAAGCACGUCAGAAAGCCCACGUCGAGGUCCGACGUGGCGGACGAGAACCGCGAACACAAUGAGGUUGAUUUUGAAGAGACCCCCCUGAAUGUCAAGGUAGCGGAGGUUUCGGAGGAAAAAAUGUACGACACUGCAUCCGUUACACAAAAUGUACUUCCAAAAGCAACUUGGACAGACAUUCCUCAAAAUCUGUGGAACGAACACGAUCCUGCGAUGGACGUUGACAAUUCAAGGAGUCACGACGAAAAGAAAGACAAGCCGACGGGUCUGCAGGCGCUUGUGGACGCGAUCGGUAACAGAAUGAGGGACAUUGAGAAUGUGGUCCAGAGGAUGAGCGAGAAAGUUCACAACAAGGGAAAUGAAAACGAGUUGACCAGUUUAGAGAGACGUUCGGACAGUGAAACGUCGAAACAAGGCCAUAAAACUGUACAGGACGAAUUAGAGAAACCAAAAAAAUCAAACCCGGACAAUGGGCACUACAAGAGGUUCUCAGUGAAGAACCGCGGCAGCAAGUACCUGCGCGGAAGUGACGUCACGAGCGAGCCACUCUUCGUGGAAGACUCCAACAUGAACAUGAACGGCUACUUCAGCGACGCCAGUAACAGCGUCAGGAGAGCGAACAAACCCAAGGAACCAGCACCAACAUACAUGGCUCCUGUAGAAAACCGACGCAAGUCACAUGUGCCCGACUCGUCGGCUGAGGGCGAGAAGAAACACAAGAAACACGGACAUAAGAAGAAGCGAAAGAACAAGGGCCACAAGAAACACCACGGCAAAGACGAUAAGAGAAAACGGUUCAACAAGUUAUCUUCUGGAGAGCUGGACAAAAAUAUCGUUUCUUUGGAAGACAGCAGCAAUUUAUAA